UCCCCAGCCCCGCCGCCAUCUUGUGGGCCCCCAUGGCCGGGCGGGUGACGCCAUCGGCCGGUGCCCGGUGCCCCGGGGUGAUGGCGGCGGUGGCGGCGCCGGGCCCGCAGGCAGAGGCCGAGCAGUGGCGGAGGCUGCUGGGCGCCGUGACCCGCCUGCAGGCCUGCAUCAGGGGCCGGCAGCUGCGGCGGCGCUUCAGGAGCUUGCAGCAGGAGUACGAGGAGGUGGUGAGGGAGAUCGAAGGAGACCUGAGCGAGCUGCAGUGGACGGGACGGUACCUGCCCAGGCCCAUCUUUGUCCCCAAGAAGUCAAUGCAAGGAAGGUGUUCAGCUGUACAAGAGCCUGUACCGAGUGACAAGGUCAGCACGGAGAAAACAGAGCAGGAGCUCGAUGCUUCUGAACCAGAGCGGGACUGGGGCUGCAGCAGCAGUGUGAAACGUCCAGCCCAGCUGCAAAGCGAGGAAGACCUGAGCUCCCCGGGUGAAUGUGAUGUAGCGAGACCCCCAAAUCCAGGGGCUGAAGCAGAUAAAAACACUGCAAAGGGGUGCAGUGCCCUAGCAGAGAGCGAGGAGUGGCAGAACAGCACUGUGUCAUCUGUGUGGGACAGCACUGUCCAGGAGUCGGAGUCCCUCGAAUCCUGCCUGGAACUUCCACUUGAGGAUAUAAAGGAGCUUCCCCGAACUCGGGCUGGCCUCCAGUCCUACAGAAAUCACUUGAUCAUGGAGCUGCUCUGGUUGCAACAAGCUAUUGUCAGCCGUAAAAAUUACCUGACGCUGAAACAGAGGCUGGGGACUCCUGACCCAUAGCAAGGCAUUCCUGAGUGUGGGGGACAUUUGAGCUGGUGUGGAGGAGGAAAGGAGCUGCAGCACCAUGGCAUGACCUCAGGGACAGCAGUAGCCUGAGGGGACUCCAGCUUCAUGGGCUGAUGUUCUCCAUGUCAGAUGCGUGUGGCAAGAAUGACAUUUCAUUUCUUUUAAAUGUGAAUAAUUGGUCAAAGCAGGGGUUAAGUGUCACUGCAGCUAAGGAGAUUGUGUGCCCUGGAGGAAGUCCCAGGGAGGCCUCCUUCCACAAAAACCUUAUUUCUGUUGGCAGAGCUGGGUGGUUCUGGGGUAAAUUGAGGCUGGGAAGACUGUCUCUUGCAGAAGGUACUCUUUGGCCAGCUGAUUGCUUGUGGUGGACCUGAAAUGCCUGAAGGCAACAGGUGCUUUUAAUCUGUAGGAAUAAGCUCUUCUCCAUUGAAUUGUGGGUGACCCAUGCCCAUCUGAGCUGUAUUUUUGGGAUGUUUUCAUACGUUACAGCUCUGAUGUCUCCAGGUGCUCAUGGUAGGAACACCUAGUUGAAGUACUGAGUUAGGAGAGAAGUUUCCCGUGCGUCUGGUGGGGGUAGCAUAUCUAACCUGACCUUCAGGAGAUGAGGCUUGGUUCCUGACAUGCAUGUUUCUGGCUGGGGUAAUACGUGUGUGUGUGGCAGGAUCAGUUGGAGAGAAUGCCUCAUGUUUCAGGGAGCAAAUAAGGAGUUAAGGGGUUGGUGCUGUGCUUUGAGAGCACUUUGUUUAUAUAUAUAUAUAUAUAUAUUUUACCAUUGUAGUAGUUCAGGGAUAUUAAACGUCCCUCAGAUGGGGACGUCCCAUGUGGUGCUCUGGUUCCUUACGGGGACCCUGAGUCUUACGUGCCAACACUCUGUAUGCCCUGAGUGGGUGCUGUUAUUGUGUGGCAGAGAUAUCCUUCUGUUCCUGAUGACAAUGACUUGUAUGCGAAUAAAAAGCAUUUCUGAA